UAUUCCCCGACGACUAUUGCUGUGGCAGGGAUACGACAUCCCGCAACCGGAGCUCCAAGCUCCAACAACGAACCUGGAACGAAGGCCCUGGGCAUGACAACUCGAUCAAGGUCCUGUUCGUCUGCCGCUCUGCAUCACAGGCCAUUCAGCCACAAAAUUCGGUUAUAUGUAUGUGGGCAUGCCGUAGCUCCCAUCCAUCCCACCUCGACCUCGUGAGGUUUCCGCCCUCCCGCCUGCAGUCGACCUUCACCUCGGAUGAGACCCACCCGGCCCAAGUUUAUUUAAUGCACGCACUCGGUGGGUGACGACGACGUCUUUCAACUAUCAUUCCCGUCGCCAAAGUUCGUACGGGCUUCGCUGCGGAGCGAAUGGACGCGCCGCUAUCAGCCACGCCGUCAUUCUGCUCCUUUGCUACCUCCAUCGAUACACCCGCCCGGAAGUGAUCGCGCCUCAGCCCUACGUGCCCCGCCACUGCGUUCCAUCCGCUGUUAUGGACAAAGGAAAACAGCCCGAAACUCUCGCCUCAGCCUUCAGGGAGCUUCCCCAGACCUCAACCCCUAGCGUUACCGCAAAUCCAUCCGGCUCGAUCGUCAAGUUUGGAAGAAUGGACGCCGAAGAUGAGAGCAUCCUGCCCAUGCUCGACGCUGUACCUAGCGACGGUCUACUAAGCUAUCAGGCUCUUCAAGGUUCCGACGACUACUAUCCCUGCCACACUGGCUCGACAACUGAUCUGCAAACCACUGCGGCCACCACGGCUACUACGGCAUGCCUUCUCACAGAGCUGCCAGCCGAGCUCCUCGACAAUAUACUAUCCUACCUGUCCCCCGUUGACCUCUCCGCCACCAGCCAAACCUGCCGCAUCUUGCACACACGCGCGACCUCGGAUUUCCACUGGCAGGCCCUGGUCCAAGCCCACGUCCCUGGGGGAAAAGUGACCACGCCGUACCCGUGCGAGUCUUUCAGAGACCUAUGGGUGGCACACGAUCCACGCUGGUUUCUCCCCAAGUACAAGAUCUGGUUUUCGGGCCACGACCUGACGGGGAAGCUAAUCCUGGUGCGCUAUGAUCAGAGGCGAGGCUGCAUCGAGGGCUACCAGCUGCUGGCCGUCAGCAGUGAGACUUCGUACAAACACUGGGAGGCCAACAACGACGUUAUCAUUCAUUCCUUUGAGCCCACGAUAAACCUGCAUCUCGACAGGCCUGUCAUACAUCUACGGUGCUCGGCGGACCUCCCGUAUGCCGGGAGGUCCGCGACUGUGUCGAGCGAUGUGGCUGACGGUGCUCAACGGCCCGGCUGGGAGCGUCACGCACAUGGCUUGCAAGUGCUACGGCCAAAAGCCCAAGGUGUUAACGCCCAGAAGCCGGUGCGGGGCAGCCGCUUCGCAGAGCAUGUUUCCAUGACACCUCCGGGUAGCACUGACGGCAUGUUCCGGAACCUCUUCCUCUCGAAACCAAUGGCGGAGGAAGCGGCAACAGAAACACACCGGCUUCCCUUUCCUUAUGCCAACGUCUGGCCGCCACCGCGAGUGCCCGCUCGCCACCGUUUCGCCGCUGCCGACUCCUCCUGUCAUAUGGGCCGGCGACGUGGCCAGUACAGCUUCGAGGAGACCUUGCCCACUUGUCGGUCCGAGAUCUCGGACCAGGGAUUCCGGAUACGCACUUGGCUUGAGAUGCGUCCUGCACUGGCUGGAAUGCUGCGUCGACGGCGUGAACUGGCAGAUGGCGAUGAUGAAGCCGCCACGCCACCCCCGGAUGAUGCCGGUGAUAUGGGUGCUCUCCUCAGGAUGCGGUUCGGCACGCAUCUGGGCGAAGAGACCACUUGCUACUCGACUCUGGACCCUGCGCUCUACACCCCGACGGCAGACUGUCCCUGGCGCGGUAUCUGGGUUGGAGACUACAGCGGCCAUGGGUGCGAGUUCCUGCUCAUGCACCAAAUACACGACGACGCGGACGGCGAGCGUCCCGAGGACGAUAUUGUCAGAGAGCCGGGCGAGACGGACGAAGAUUUCGAGGCACGCAGGCGUGACGCGAGGGUAUACCGCGGCCGCCUUGAAGCAAUCAAACUGACUGGGGAUCCUAAUGUGCCUCGGGGCGAGUACACUUUCGUGGCAGAGGACAUGGGACCCAAGGGUCUCGUCGAGGUUCUGCAGGAGGACCCAUUCAAAGGGGUCAGGAUGGUGAAGAGCCAGGGGCACGUUGCCGGAUCGGGAUUUUUAGAUGACAAGUUCAUCGAAUCUCGGCUCCUGCUUAUAUCCCACAACCGGCUGGCUCAGUACUGGCUUGGCUUUGGUCACAUUAGCUUCUUCGAAAGAGUCGACAUCGACCGAUUCCUCAAGAUCGCCUGAAUUGGUACAGAGGGAGGAAAUGAAGGGCCUCAUCACGAAUUAACUGGAACUGAAGUGUUAACGAUAGGGCGGACUCCGGUGAAACAGUGCCUUUGCCAUUAUUUCGAACGGUUUGAACAGUUGUAAUAUUUUCCCUGUUAUUUGCCUGUUCAAUCUCUCCUUGCCUUAAUAUUACGAACUAUCGCCCCGAAGUCGUACUUCUCUCGCUUUUAAACGAUCUGUAUGUACCACGCGUGAUCAUGAACAACAAAAGAGAAAAAAGUAACAAAAUUCACACCCAUUUACAUCAUUAUUACACCACUGUCCAGCUAACGCGGUAAAAACA